AUGAUUGAUGAUGAACUGACUCUCUCUCCCCCUCCCCCUCCUGCAGCUCUGGGUCUGAGGAACACCCUGGCGGUGCAGGGAGCGUACCCUCCGGGGGCGUUUGGCCUCCCCCCGGGGGUGAACGGGGACCUGGGGGGGGCGGCGGGGUACGGGGCCGGCCUCCACCUGGUCUCCCCCCAGAUGAACGGAGCGGCAGCAGCAGCAGCAGCAGCCGCCGCCGCAGGAUACGGACGCUCCCCUGUGGUGGGCUAUGAGUCUCCACACCCGCACAUGAGGGGGCUUCCUGCCAGCCUGCAGUCAGCCACCGCUGGGAAACCAGCCUACUCGUUCCAUGUGAGCGCCGACGGCCAGAUGCAGCCGGUUCCCUUCCCCCCCGACGCCCUGCUGGGCCCGGGGAUCCCUCGGCACGCCCGUCAGAUCCACACCCUGAACCACGGAGAGGUGGUGUGUGCCGUCACCAUCAGCACCUCCACCCGCCACGUCUACACCGGAGGAAAGGGCUGCGUGAAGGUGUGGGACAUCAGCCAGCCGGGGAGCAAGAGCCCCAUGGCCCAGCUGGACUGUCUGAACAGGGAUAACUACAUCCGCUCCUGUAAAAUCCUCCCUGACGGACGGACCCUGAUCGUGGGGGGGGAGGCCAGCACGCUGUCCAUCUGGGACUUGGCCACGCCCACUCCUCGCAAUAUAUUAGUACCUAAGUCCUCGAAGGAGUCCUCGUCCGUGCUGAGCUGUGACGUCUCCCCCGACGACAAGUACAUCGUGACGGGCUCCGGGGACAAGAAGGCCACGGUGUACGAGGUGGUGUACUGA